GUACUUUGGUCUGAGGCCGUCGGGAGCUUUCCCGAGGCAGUUAGCAGAAGCCGCAGCGGCCGCCCCCGCCCGUCUCCUCUGUCCCUGGGCCCGGGAGGGACCAACUUCGCGUCACGCCCCUCAGCGGUGGCCACUCUCUUCUCUGUCGUUGGGUCCGCAUCGUAUUCCCGGAAUCAGACGGUGCCCCAUAGAUGGCCAGCUUUCCCCCGAGGGUCAACGAGAAAGAGAUCGUGAGAUCACGUACUAUAGGUGAACUUUUAGCUCCUGCAGCUCCUUUUGACAAGAAAUGUGGUCGUGAAAAUUGGACUGUUGCUUUUGCUCCAGAUGGUUCAUACUUUGCUUGGUCACAAGGACAUCGCACAGUAAAGCUUGUUCCGUGGUCCCAGUGCCUUCAGAACUUUCUCUUGCAUGGCACCAAGAAUGUUACCAAUUCAAGCAGUUUAAGAUUGCCAAGACAAAAUAGUGAUGGUGGUCAGAAAAAUAAGCCUCGUGAACAUAUUAUAGACUGUGGAGAUAUUGUCUGGAGUCUUGCUUUUGGGUCGUCAGUUCCAGAAAAACAGAGUCGCUGUGUAAAUAUAGAAUGGCAUCGCUUCAGAUUUGGACAAGAUCAGCUACUUCUUGCUACAGGGUUGAACAAUGGGCGUAUCAAAAUAUGGGAUGUAUAUACAGGAAAACUCCUCCUUAACUUGGUAGAUCAUACUGAAGUGGUCAGAGAUUUAACUUUUGCUCCAGAUGGAAGCUUGAUCCUGGUGUCAGCUUCAAGAGACAAAACUCUCAGAGUAUGGGACCUGAAAGAUGAUGGAAACAUGAUGAAAGUAUUGAGGGGGCAUCAGAAUUGGGUGUACAGCUGUGCAUUCUCUCCUGACUCUUCUAUGCUGUGUUCAGUCGGAGCCAGUAAAGCAGUUUUCCUUUGGAAUAUGGAUAAAUACACCAUGAUACGGAAACUAGAAGGACAUCACCAUGAUGUGGUAGCUUGUGACUUUUCUCCUGAUGGAGCAUUACUGGCUACUGCAUCUUAUGAUACUCGAGUAUAUAUCUGGGAUCCACAUAAUGGAGACAUUCUGAUGGAAUUUGGGCACCUGUUUCCCCCACCUACUCCAAUAUUUGCUGGAGGAGCAAAUGACCGGUGGGUACGAUCUGUAUCUUUUAGCCAUGAUGGACUGCAUGUUGCAAGCCUUGCUGAUGAUAAAAUGGUGAGGUUCUGGAGAAUUGAUGAGGAUUAUCCAGUGCAAGUUGCACCUUUGAGCAAUGGUCUUUGCUGUGCCUUCUCUACUGAUGGCAGUGUUUUAGCUGCUGGGACACAUGACGGAAGUGUGUAUUUUUGGGCCACUCCACGGCAGGUCCCUAGCCUGCAACAUUUAUGUCGCAUGUCAGUCCGAAGAGUGAUGCCCACCCAAGAAGUUCAGGAGCUGCCAAUUCCUUCCAAGCUUUUGGAGUUUCUCUCGUAUCGUAUUUAGAAGAUUCUGCCUUCCCUAGUAGUAGGGACUGACAGAAUACACUUAACACAAACCUCAAGCUUUACUGACUUCAAUUAUCUGUUUUUAAAGACAGAAGAUUUAUUUAAUUUGAUAUGUUCUUGUACUGCAUUUUGAUCAGUUGAGCUUUUAAAAUAUUAUUUAUGGACAAUAGAAGUAUUUCUGAACAUAUCAAAUAUAAAUUUUUUUAAAGAUCUAACUGUGAAAACAUACAUACAUGUAUAUAUUUAGAUAUAAGCUGCUAUAUGUUGAAUGGACCCUUUUGCUUUUCUGAUUUUUAGUUCUGACAUGUAUAUAUUGCUUCAGUAGAGCCACAAUAUGUAUCUUUGCUGUAAAGUGCAAGGAAAUUUUAAAUUCUGGGACACUGAGUUAGAUGGUAAAUACUGACUUACGAAAGUUGAAUUGGGUGAGGCGGGCAAAUCACCUGAGGUCAGCAGUUUGAGACUAGCCUGGCAAACAUGAUGAAACCCUGUCUCUACUAAAAAUACAAAAAAAAAAAAAAUUAGCCAGGCGUGGUGGUGCACACCUGUAGUCCUAGCUACUUGGGAGGCUGAGGCAGGAGAAUUGCUUGAACCCAGGAGGUGGAGGUUGCAGUAAGCCAAGAUCACACCACUGCACUCCAACCUGGACAACAGAGCGAGACUCCAUCUCAAAAAAAAAAAAAAAAA